AUGCGGAUCUGUGAUGUUCGGUAUGCAGUUGUGGCCUUACAGAUACUCUAUGCUUAUGCCCAUGAAGUACCUGACCUUCUGCCCCGACCUGGCUGCUCUGGAGGGAGCUGUUACCCUCCCACUGGCAAUCUAGUUGUGGGCAGGAGCCAGAGUCUCCACGCCUCGUCCACCUGUGGUUUGAAGGGGCCUGAGCCCUACUGCAUUGUCAGCCACUUACAGGACUCUGAGAAAUGCUUCUUUUGUGACUCAAGGGGCCAGGGAGGCCAUAGGAUCAAGAAUGUGAUCUCCCUGAGCGGACCUGAUGGGCAAAGAACAUGGUGGCAGGCUGAGAGUGGUGUGGAGAAUGUCAGUAUCCAGCUGGACUUGGAGGGCGAAUUCUACUUCACCCACCUUAUCAUGACUUUCAAGACUUUUCGCCCGGCUGGUCUGCUGAUUGAGCGUUCAGCAGAUGGGGGUCAAUCUUGGCGAGUUUACCGAUACUUUGCUCACAACUGCUCUGGCCUCUUCCCUGGGGUUCCCCUUACACCUGGCCGCAAAGUCAGCGACCUCGUUUGUGAUCAGCGUUACUCGAACAUUGAACCAUCAAGCCAGGGUGAGGUAAUUUUCAAAGUUCUGGACCCAGCCAUCCCUGUGGAGGAUCCCUAUAGUCCAGAAAUCCAAGAACUGCUUCGAGUUACCAACCUGAGAGUGAAUUUCUCUAAACUCCACACGUUGGGAGAUGGGCCGCUGGGGGUCUGGGGCCACCACCAUGGGCCUCACUACUACUAUGCCUUGUACGAGCUUGUGGUCCGAGGAAGUUGCCUUUGCCAUGGACAUGCCUCUGAGUGUGCACCUGCUCCUGGUGCCCCGCCUAGUGUGGAUGGCAUGGUCCACGGGCUUUGUGUGUGUCAGCACCGGACAGCUGGACUCCACUGUGAGCGCUGCCAGGACCUGCACCAUGACCAACCCUGGGGCCCAGCCGAGCCUGGGAAUCCUCACACCUGCCAGGAGUGUGAAUGCCAUCAGCAUGCCAGGAGUUGCCACUUUGACAUGGCUGUUUUUGUGGCCUCAGGCAAUGUGAGUGGAGGUGUGUGUGAUGCAUGUCAGCACCACACAGCAGGGAGGCACUGUGAGAUCUGCCGACCCUUCUACUACAGGGACCCCCGUGAAGACCCCCGCUCCCCAUAUACCUGUAAACCUUGUGACUGUGACCCUUCAGGCACCCUGAAUGGGGGUCUCUGUGACACACACACAGAUGAGGUCCGGGGGCUCCUCUCUGGACAGUGUCGCUGCAAAGCCCACGUGUGGGGCCCACGCUGUGAUACCUGUCGUCCUGGUUACUAUGGUCUGAGCCCAGCAUUACCUGAAGGUUGUUUGUCCUGCAGGUGUGAUCCUCGGGGCACAGUCCCAGGUGACACCCCCUGUGACUCCAUCAGUGGUGACUGCUAUUGCAAACGUUUUGUUACUGGCCAGAACUGUGACCAAUGCCUGCCAGAAUUCUGGGGCCUGAGCAGUGACUUCACUGGCUGCCGGCCUUGUGACUGUGAUUUUGGUGGAGCCUACAGCAACAGGUGCUCAUCAGGGGAGGGGCUUUGUCCUUGUCGCCCCCACCUACAAGGCCGAGACUGCCUUGAGGUCCAGUCUGGUUACUUCUGUGCAGCCCUGGACCAGGCUGUAGCUGAGGCAGAGCUUGGGCAGAGGCUCAAGCCCUCUGACCCCCGGCUACCUGGAGCCCCUCUACCUGAUGUCCCCCCCAACUGCCUGCCAACCACAGGACCUGUGUUGAAGAGGCUCAGACCCCGGCUCUGGCGUCAGCGUAGCACACCCUGCCCUAGUCAGGUUACUCGCCGUGGACGCCACAGCUACCAACCAUCGAAGGCUGCUGUGGAGCCACGGCCUUGGAGCCAGGGCCCUCAGACCUCCUCCUGGACAGGCCCUGGGUUUUCCAGGGUGGAGGACAGGGCUGGCCUCAUGUUCCAGGCCCCUCCAGUGCCACGAGCCAUGGAAUAUGACAUCGUGCUGCGUUAUGAAGCUCAGGCCCCUGAGGACUGGGAGGCCCUUGUCAGUGUCCGAGCCAACUCCCUGCCCAGCAGCACCCGUUGUGCCAAUGUGUUGCCCUCAGAGCAGCUCUAUCAGGUGGUCCUACCCUCCAGGCACAGAGCUGUGGUUCUGUCUAGACCCUUCUGCUUUGAACCUGAAACCAGAUACAUGGUGACCUUGAGACUGCAGCGUGUGACAAGUACACGGAGCCCAGCGGGGGGAACCAUCCUGCUAGACUCACUGGUGCUUCUGCCUCAAGUAGAAGAACUUCCAGGCCUAAGAAGGGGGGACCCUGGGGCAUCGGGGCACCUGAGAGAACUCAGUCGUGGCCAGUGCCUUGAAGCUGCAAGAACACUCCCCCUAGGGCCACCAUCAGAGUCUUGUGCCCGCUUGAUCUGUAGCAUCUCUGCCCUUCUCUAUGGUGGUGGCCUGGCCUGCGAGUGUGACCCACAGGGCUCUCUGAGCUCCGAGUGUGCCCGUGUGGGUGGCCAGUGCCCAUGUCGACCCCACGUCAUUGGCCAGCGCUGUGACCGGUGUGAGCCCCGGACAUAUGGCUUUGGCCCGGCAGGCUGCAGUGAGUGUCGUUGCUCCCCUGAGGGAUCCACCAGUUUGGCCUGUGAUCCUUUAAGUGGACAGUGCCCAUGCCAGCCAGGCGUCACAGGACGAAGGUGUGACCAGUGCCUGCCUGGCCAGUGGGGCUUCCCUCGGUGCCAGCCCUGUGAGUGUAAUGGGCAUGCAGAGCAGUGCCACCCACACACAGGUGUGUGCCAGGCCUGUGGAGAUGCCACCACCGGGCGUCAUUGUGAAAGGUGCCAGGAUGGUUAUUAUGGAGACCCUGUCCUGGGCUCUGGACAGCAGUGCCGGCCUUGUCCCUGCCCUGGGUUCUUGGGCUCUGGUAAUUACCAUGGGACCUCAUGUCAAGCGGAUGGUGGGAGUGAACGAAUCCUAUGUCUCUGUGCCCCUGGCUAUGCAGGUCCACGCUGUGACCGCUGCUCUGCUGGCUACUUUGGGCACCCCUGGCCAGAGGGAGUAGUAGGGGGGUUACCAUGCCGACCCUGCCAGUGCAACAACAACAUUGACCCUAGCGACCCCAUGGCCUGUGACCCCCACAGUGGGCACUGCCAGCGCUGUCUACACCACACCUAUGGGCCACACUGUUCACACUGCCAGCCUGGCUACUACGGCAAUGCCCUCUGGCCACGAGGCUGCCGGCGUUGUAGCUGUGACCUACAAGGCACAGUGCCUGCCCGGUGCCUGCCUGAAAGUGGCAUCUGCUUCUGUGAUAGGCUCAGUGGGCACUGUCCCUGCCGCCCACAUGUCCUAGGGCAGUUGUGUGACCGCUGUGCCCCCCAGUUCUGGAACCUGGGAGGGCCUCGGGGCUGUGAGCACUGUGCUUGUCACACCCAGCACUCAGUGCAGCUAACCUGUCAUCCGGUCACUGGUCAGUGCCCGUGCCGGGAAGGAUUUGGGGGACGUACCUGCUCUCAGUGCCAAGAAGGGUACUGGGGGGACCCAGAGAAGGAGUGCAAAGCUUGUGCCUGUGACCCUCAGGGCUCAGUCUCUCUGCGUUGCCACUCUAGGACAGGGGCCUGCUCGUGUCUCAAUGGCAUCUCAGGCCCUCAGUGCAAGGCCUGUGCCCGGGGUUCCCAGGGCAGUUUCCCCCACUGCCGGCCCUGCCCAACCUGCUUCUCUCAAUGGGAUGGACAACUGGAUGCCCUCCAGCAGUGGCUGGCCACAUUGGCUCAGGGGAGAGAUGCCCUGAGUGAGGUGGCUCCUGAUCGGGGCAGUGGGAGGCGGCUGCUGGCCCUGGAGGCAGCCAUGGGGCAGGUCCAGGGAGUCCUGGUGUCCACCCAUCCCCUGGUGGGGCCCUUGCAGCAACUCAUGCAACAUCGGGAUAUACUCAGGAGGGAGGUGUCAGUGCUGGGCCGAGCACUUCGAGGGGUGGAGCGGAAUGUGGGUGUGAGUGGUCCCUGGGCUGGCGCUCAGCACUUCCGCAUAGGCCAGCUGACACGAGAAGUAGAAAAUCUCAAACACUUGACCACCCAGCUCAAGGAGGCCCCAGGAGGAGCCCAGGAUGCUGCUUCCCUGGUCUCCAGGGCUGCUUUGAUCUCCCAGGAGGCUGAGUUUGGUGUUAGAGUCACAACUGCCCUCACGGACACAGAGAGUGCCCUGAGCCAGUCCCGCAAUGUCCGAGGCAGAACAGAGGGGCUGCUUCAAAAGAUGAAGCUUUCUUUCAGGGCACCUGCCUGGGGGGAGCAGCUCCAGGGACUUGUGAAUGCCUCGUGGGCCCUGAGCCCCAGCCUGGCCCAGCUCAAGGUCUGUGGGGGGCCAUGGGGUAUAGGGAGGGCCUGUGCUCUCUCCCCCUGUGGGCCAGCUUCUUGUUCUGGGGCACUGCCUACUUCCUUGUGGGCACUGGGGACUGCUCGCAACACAUCCCGUGCUUUGGGUGCAACAGGUACCAGACUGGGACGGCUACAUCGACGGGUAAGGAGGAGCCACACUGAGGGGGAUGAUGGGGCUGGAAUUGGAAGACUGCAACGGGUUGGGACCACGGCAAGGGCUGCCCACUCGCAGGCUGAGGAGACACUGAGCCGAGCUCGAGGCACAUGGCGUGGGGCAGGCACUGCUCCCAUUGUGGCCACCAUCCAGAGGAUCCGGGCCUUCCUUACAAGUAAGGCCAAGGUCAAGAGGAAUAAGAUAGCAUUCCUCCUCCUCUCCAGUCAGACCCCCAAGCAGGGGUAUGAAGAGUUUGGAGCUCAGGGGCUCAGCACAGCCUCUCCCUCAUGA